AUGAAUUCACAAGAGUGGGAUGAAGAGCUGCGAUGCCAAGGAAGAGAAGGCGAGUUGGAGGAGGCUGCUAUGGUCAGCUGGGCCAUUUGGCGUGCCAGAAAUGACUUUGUUUGGCAGCAAAAAAGUUGGACUGCUGCAAAUGUGGUUACAUCAGUAAGAAUGCUACUUGAUCAGUUCAAAGACGCUCAAAAAAGAAAGGGUCUUUCUUUGUCUUCGUUGUUCGACGGAGGCCAUUUGGUUGAGCAUUGGAGUGCACUUUCUUCAGGAAAGAUCAAGGUUAAUGUUGAUGGCGCCUUAUUUGAGCAUGAAGGCAGGUUUGGGUGGGGUUGUGUGGCUCGCGACUGCCAUGGCAAUGUCGUGGAGGCUUUCAAUCGAGGUCAUUUGGGGAGGGUUCAACCUUAA